UAACCUAUGGGCCUGUGAACUUAACGCCGUAUGAUCGAUAACGAACCAAUUUAACCUUUGUCAAGAUUGUGAAACACUAAACACUAGCGAGUAGCUUCAAUGGAAAUAGUCGCGGCGUUGCAUUACAGCAAAGCUAUCAAUCCAUACCGGAACAGUGAAAAAAAACCAUAAAAAACCAUCAAAUUAUGGCGUCCAUUUCGGACAUUUGAUCAGUUCAGAUCGAUAGCGAUAACAAACAUUAUGACCCACAAUCCAAGUCCACAAUCCUAUCUCCAAACAACAAAAGGAAAAGACCGCACUGGACACACUUUAUAAACCGCCGUACACACGCCAACGAGCCGGUUAAGUUUCAAAAUGUUACUCUCCAAAGUGAUACCCUUUGCGGUGGUGCUGUUUGUGACGCUGGUAGAAUGCACACCUGCACAAGACAUUAGUGCUACGUCCAGAAAUACACCGAUUCUUGGUGCGCUACAGCGACAUCUUGUACAGCCAACCAUCCCGCGUGAUUUUGUGCCGCGCAACCCAAACAUUGUUGGGAAUCGGUUCCGCACGAAGAUUGAUCACUUCAAUCCACAAAGCAGAGAUACGUUUGAGUUUAGCUACUUUUCGAACGAUGAGUUCUACCGACCGGGUGGACCGAUUUUUAUUUUCGUCGGUGGAAACUUUGCACUGACGACGUACUACAUCGAGCACGGAUUGCUGUAUGAUACGGCUGCCCGUGAUGGGGCAUGGCUGUUUACGAACGAGCAUCGAUACUAUGGAACCAGCACCCCAGUGCAGGACUAUUCGACGGAGAACCUACGCUUUCUGAAGUCGGAACAAGCGCUGAUGGAUCUGAUCGAGUGGAUUGAUCAUUUGCGCAACAAUGUGGUACUUGAUCCGAACGCCAAAAUCAUCCUGAUGGGUACUGGAUACGCAGGAGCGCUAGCAACCUGGGCCCGACAACGCUUCCCGAACAUUAUCGACGGUGCAUGGGGUGCAGGAGCCACAGUGCUGGCGAGUUUCGAUUUCCAGGAACAUGCGGGAGACAUUGGAGAAAUAAUUCGUCGUUUCGGCGGUAAUGAGUGUUACAAUCUGAUUUGGGUCGCUUUCCGCACUGCCCAAUACUUGAUCGAUGCUGGACUGGAUGAAACGGUAACGAGCUUGCUCAACACCUGCGAGCGGAUCGAGCCGGGUAACCUGCUGGAUAUGGAGACACUCUUCUUCCAUCUGAAGCUGGCCAUCCAGGAAGCGAUGCUCAACGUACAGACCACCGAAAAGAUUCGGGAUGUUUGUGCCAGCAUGGUAAACAGUACGGAGGAAACAGCGCUGCAAGAUCUAGCCACCUGGCUGAACGAGUAUUACGCCAAUCUGGCUUGCAAUCCGUUCGAUUUCGACGCGAACAUGGAAGCGGGUAAAGUAUUGCAACCGGGUGCUCCGGAAAAUGCCAUCCUUGGGUGGCGUCAGACCCAGUACCAGGCGUGUACCGAGUUCGGAUGGUUCCGGACGACGGAUCUGGACGAGCAACCGUUCGGUGAUCGAGUAUCGAUGCACUUCUUCCUGGAGGCAUGUCGAGCCCUGUUCGGUGAGUGGGUUUCGGACGCUGUCAUCUACGAGGGUGUACGCUUGACGAACCUACACUACGGUGGACAGGAUCCACGAUCGACGAACGUACUGUUUACGAACGGUGAGCUCGAUCCAAACCGUCUGGUGUCGAUCACAAGCUACAUCAAUCCGCUAAGCUAUGCGUACGUCGUGCCGAAUGAGUUCCUGUACUCGGAAAUCUACUCCAUUACCGAGGAAGACUCCACCGAGCUGACGACGAUUAAGCGUAGCAUCCAGGCGUACAUUGGCUUAUGGCAGGGAGAUGGUUUGGUACCAGUGUAAAUGACAGUCGGACAUGAGUGCAAUGUUUUCUUGAUUUUUAUUCAUAUUAAAAUAAA